UACUGACACCGCUACAACGUGUUUUUAUCGCUGGCUGUCCAGACGGAAGGUGCUGAAACGCUUUGUCGCGUGUCUGGAAGAAGUGAAAACUUUCCUGGGCAGCAAAGGGCUCACCUUUCCUGAGCUGGAACAGCCAGAGUGGCUGGAAAAGCUACACUUCAUGGUAGACAUGACAGCGCACCUGAACACGCUGAACACAGCUCUUCAGGGGAAAGGACGUACAGCCCUGCACAUGUUGGAGGAUGUUUUGGCAUUCGAGCGCAAGUUGACAGUGCUUGCCAGAGAUUUACAGAAAGGCACUUUGUCUCACUUCCCCAAUUUGAGAGAGUUCAAACAAGGUCACGACAUGAUAAUUUCGGAGUAUUUACAUUCUGCAAUCAUCGCAAUGCAAACAUCGUUUGGGAAACGCUUCUGUGAGUUCAGAGAGGAAAAAAACACAUUAUCCUUCCCGGUCACUCCCUUAAGCAUCGAUCCUUCCCUACUGAAUACGACUGCAUUGGCAGGUGUGAGUCAACCUGAUCUUGAGAUGGAACUGGCCGACAUAGCCGACAAAGACAUAUGGGUGUCCAAGUUUAGACGCUUGACAGCAGACCUUGAAGAUGUUGCCCGUCAGAAGGCCGUUCUUGCUCAGAAACACAAAUGGAGUGAUAUUGAAAACCUCACAGAUGACAGCUUGCGAUCCUGUGUAAAGAUGAAGGUGACAUCAUACAGCCCUGAUGUGCAGACGCUGUGCGCUGAGGUCCAGGAGCAGAAAUCCCAUUAACCAAGAUGACAGCUGGCUGACGUUAUUUUUGGUUUGCUGCUGGCGGAAAAUUUAAGUUCGGCGUUUUUCAUAAAUACAAGAAGGACUCAAAUAGACAUUGAAUAUUUUACUUAAAAGUAACUUUCAACCCAACGUCUUUUUUUCGGAGUUCAAAAUGUUUUUGUUGCAUGCAGAAAUGUAAUUUCGUUUUCUCUGCAGGAGUUCAUCAAUUUCAUAAAUGCAACACAUUAUAGUUUGUUUAUACAUAGCAUAAAGGCAAAAAAAAACAUUGUAUGCAGUGUUAUUUCAUUUUAAAUGUCAAACGGG